AUGUCGUCUAUGACCACUGAUACCGCUGUUACAUCAGUUCCAAACACAGCAAAAGACGAGCUUUCUAUUUUACGUGUGCAUACCUAUGAUCGAACUGCAGGCAUAGCAACCCAGGAACGCGUUCUCCAGGUGCUGUCUGCGGAGCUUCAAAAUGCCAAAAAUGGAACAUUGAAGGAGCUGAGGGGUGUUUUGAUAGCAAAGAAUGUCUUCAAUUCUCGAACCAUCUCAAGCCCGUUCUGCGAUAUGAAUGGGUCUGAAAUGGACGAUGAUAUUUUGACAAAGACUUACAUCAAACUCGUUGACAGCGAGACGCAUACCAAGAUGACUAGCCUCGAAGACUCCCAAGUAGCCCCAGAUGAAUUGAGUGUGUACUAUAAGAAGCAACCCACCGCAAUGGAUGAUGCAACAAAGGGAUUCCUCGACAAGCCACUAGACCUGGAUCUUAAGGAGGGUCAACAGUUGUCCAAGACGGACAUUGCGCAGAUCAAGUCUGCGUUUGAGGCAAAAACUUGGACAGCGGCUGAGAAGAAAACUUCGUUAAGUCACGCUGCCACCCUCAGUGAAAAGGAGUGGGAUAUCAUUACCCGUACAAACUGUCUCCUCAGUGGCCACAAAAUAGUUCAAUUUGAGAAAACGAUAGGAGGCUCCACGCCAGUCACUCCUAACAAGCCGGACAAGCCAUCGAGUAGAAGUAAGGUUCGCGGCAAAACGGUCAAAGACUUGAAGGUUGAACGCACCCCCUACAACGCUUUCGCGCUGAAGAAAAGAGAUCUUAAGUUAUCAAGUUAUGGCGCACAACCUUUUAUCUCAAUCCCUUCGGCAAAGGAAGGGGGAGCUAAGCUUCAGUAUCCGAUCCCCCGAUUCCGAGUUGAUGACGACUCAUAUUUUCCACGUGUUACUGUGUACCUUGACAAAGAUUCUCUUGUGAUCACUGACGAAUGCAAGAGAGAUAUGGAGAGUGUCAAGACCAAGCAGGGGCUGAUAGCUUUCAGCAACAAAUAUGGUGAUAUCUUCGCCCAACGGGUUCAACUUGGUGGUGUCCUCUCCGCGAGUGAAAGCAGCAAUGCCACAACUACCCAGGACAAGGAAAAGCACGCCAAUUCAAUGAAGAUCUCUGCAGCUGUCUCCUUCUCAGCAUCGUUUGCUCAGGCUUCUGUUGGCACAAGCCACGGCGGAGGUUCCAACUCUGAGACUAGCACAACAUCCCAGGACCGCACGAGUGCGAUGGCCUGGGAAGCGACCGGGGGCGAUACAUUGUACUGUAACAACCCUGCACAGUGGUGUGGAACUGUGGGUGACUUCUACAACUGGAGGCAAUGCGACGUGCUCCCACUGUCCAAGGUUAUUGACUCCAUCAAUGGUGACGACAAAAUCACCAAACAAUUUGAGGCAGCCGCGAAGAAUUAA